AUUCUCGACAUGAAUUCUUGAUUUGAAAUUUUUUAAAUCCAUUUCUCUUCAUUUUAAAUAUUUUGAAUCCAUUUCCGUUUGCUGGGUCGUUAAUUUGCUUAAAACUCUUAUCUGAAUUAAGCAACAAACAAUCUUGUGUGAAUAUACGUUUUACCUCUUAUCGUUAGUCAACUGUGACAAGUCUGACAGUUAAUUUUGAACCUUGAACGCGCAAAUAAUUCUGAUUAAAAUUGUCGGACGUUUGAUAGUUAUAUCACGUAGUUAAAUAGUGCAUUCACAAAAUCCACAAAGUAAACAUAACUCAAUCCGCAACAAUAAGCAAACGUAAAAAUUUCUAAUAUAAAAUGGCAUUUCGGAAGAUUAAAGCUCGUCAAAUAUUUGAUAGUAGAGGCGAGCCAACCUUGGAAAUCGACGUGAUUACCGAUGUCGGUUUGUUCAGAUCGUCUGUACCCUCUACCGUGCUACUCAAUCCAAAUCAGGCGCGCGAGAUCAGGGAUGAAAACCAGGCGGCUUAUCACGGUCGCUCAAUAUUUAAAGUUGUCGAUAUCGUUAAUAACGUGAUUGCUCCUCAAAUGAUAAAAUCAAAGCUAGAAGUAUGCCAACAAAUGGAGAUUGACGAAUUGUUAAACAAAUUGGAUGGUACAAAGAAUAAGUCGAGACUUGGUGUUAACGCUAUCCUUGGAGUCUCCGUAGCUUGUUGCAAAGCUGGCGCCGCUAAAAAGGGUCUACCAGUUUAUAGAUAUAUUGCCGAAUUAGCUGAAAACAAUAAAUUAUGCAUACCCGUACCGAGUUUCAGUAUGAUCAGCGGGGGACGGUAUAGUGACAAUAAUUUAUCAUGUCAAGAAUUUGCGAUAUUACCCAUAGGUGCAGAAAGUUUUGCCGAUGCCGUAAAAAUGGCCACCGAAAUGUAUCGAGUACUAGAGAAAAAAAUUGUCGAUGCUAAACAAAUACGAGGCCCGCUUUUGACUAGCGACAAUGGAGCCUUUGCUCCUGACUUAGAAAAUGAUCAAGUCGCUUUGACUUUUUUAGAAGAAUCUAUCACAGAUGCAGGUUACGAAGGCAAAAUUAAAAUAGCCCUGGAUAUGGCGGCGAGUACUUUUUAUAAAAAAGGUUUCUGCUAAACUCAAAACAUCUUCCUUUCUUAUACA